AUGGCUGACAAUUGUAAGAGGUACUAUAAAGGCAACCGGAUCGAGGGGCCUAAGGUGUGUGAGUUUGGCCAGUCGUGCUGUGGCAGCUGUGAAAACAGAUACUGCUGCCCCUUUCCCUCCCUGCUCGAGUUGGUGACCAGUCACAUCGUUAGUCUCAGUGAAGAGGUCCAGGACGCCUGUCCCAACAAUUUUUUUGAGUACGGGAGCGAGGAUGCCGACUUCCGAAUGUUCCUGAUCGUUGCCAUCGCUGUGGUCGGUGUCAUCCUCAUCAGCCUCAUCAUCUUCUGCUGCGUCUGCCCCUGCUGCUGCCUCUACCAGAUGUGCCGCAAGCCUCGACCGGUGGUAACGAGUAACACUAGGACAACAGUGGUGGUGAACAACGCCCCCCCACCCCACGCGGCUAGGGCCCAGCAGCACCACGGCCCUCCUCCUCCACAGCAGCAGCAGUAUCAUCCAGCCUACCAACCCGUAGCCAUGCAGUCCUGGCCCGGAUCGCCUGCCCCCGCGCAGGGCUACGACGGACACCCCGUCCCCUCCGCGCCCAUGCUGCCGGAUGUCUAUGGGCCUCCACCCCCCUACAACGAGAGCGCCAUCGGUGGGAACUACAACCAGCGAGCAUUCACACAAGGUCCCGCCUCCUACUACUAAACACUCCCAUCAUGUAUACUCAAGGUACACGCUUAGAGACUAGUCAUCAACACCCAGGGCUAUUUACUGAAAACUGGAAUAGAUAGAACAUUCUACACGUGUUGAAUAUAAUCUAGAAUCUUUGCCAAUCUCUGGUAGAUACUGCCAAUAUUCAGUUGCAGAGUGUUGUCUGUAGGCCGGAAACAGUCAAAUUCCUAAGAUAAGCAUUCCGUUGGUCUUAUAAGUAAGAAGCACAUGUGGUUCGGUGGUGUCAUUAUGACAUUGCUGAUGGACAAAGUGGACUUUCUUAUUGUUUUGGGAACUGUGAUGCUACACUUCAGCAUUUUACAACCAGCAACUUCAGGAGGAUUCAAGAUUGAAUGUCUGUGAGCACUUAGUUUGUUCAUGUGAAAACGAUUGUAGAUUUUAUCUCUGGAAAAUAUGUCUCCCUGUUGGUUGGUUUUGCCGUUACAUGAUUUUAUAACUUUUCUGCAUUUUGUUAAAAUAUGUUUACCUGUGAACUGUAAUUUUUGAGUUAUGUGCAAUGCUUAUUGUUUUAGAAUGUGCAGGUCUCAUCUACGGAUGAUAUGUGUGUCUGUUAGGCCUACAUGUUUCUUUCUAUUAGUUAUUGCAUUGCUUUUAUUCUUCCUGGGCAAUGAAAUUGGUUGCUUGACUGUGUAGUCUAUUUGUUGGUUGUUAUAACAUUAAUGUGCCUCCUUAUUCUGUAUGUAUGUGUUGGAUUUAAAUCACCCUUUAAGUCUAUGCAUUUUAAAGUGCCAAAACAGAAUCUGCUUUUAAACCCAAACUAUUGUAGGGUUUUUGGUUUACAUGGUAUUGGUGGUGUUGACUCUACAGAAAAAAAUAUGUGUAUCUCCAAGUGUCUUUCACUGUUGCCAAUAAAGCCUGUGGAAAAUCAAAAGA